CAGAAAAGAAGAGUCAGAAGCCGUGUUCUUCUUCUGCGAGUUUGGGAUACUGUUUCUGGAAAAGCAAACAAAUAAUAGAAUGGAGUUAAGGAGGAAGGUGAUGGAAGGUGUUCUUAAGAACAGCAAGAAUCCAAAAUUGGCGUGGCAAUUGGUGAAGCGCGUUAUGUCUUCCCCUUCCUCUGCCUCUUCCUUCGCCGAUCACACUCAGCACCUUGUCACCAUCACAACACGCAUCCUUGCAGGGGCCAACAUGCACCUUCAACUCCACGACCUCCACAAACUCCUCCUAGCCUCUCAGCCGCACCACAUUGCGCAGCCUUCCAUCCUUUCCAUGGUCCGAAUCCUCGCCCAAUGGGGUCACAUCCACGAGGCCCUCACACACUUCAAAUCCCUUAGAGCUCAAUUCCCCUCAUCCCCUCCCUCCAUCUCCUUCUACAACCUCCUCCUCCGCUCCUCCAUCCAACACAGCCUCCCCAACCUCGUCACGUGGCUGUACACUGACAUGAUCGCCGCACGUGUCACCCCUCAGACCUACACCUUCAACCUCCUCAUCCAGUCUCUCUGCGACUCUCGCGCCUUCGACCACGCCAUCCAACUGUUCGACAAAAUGUCCCAAAAAGGAUGCCACCCGAACGAGUUCACUCUUGGGAUUCUGGUCCGUGGCUUGUGCCGCGCUGGUCGCGUCAAACAAGCCUUGGAGCUUGUUAACAAUAGUUAUAGCAAUAGCAAUGGCAAUGACAAUAACAGUUCGUGUCGUAUUGCUAACAGGGUCGUGUACAAUACUCUUGUUUCUGCAUUUUGUAAAGAGGAGCUAAAUGAUGAAGCUGAGAAACUUGUUGAGAGGAUGAGCGAGGUAGGGUUGUUGCCUGAUGUUGUUACUUUUAAUUCGAGGAUUUCUGCGCUUUGUAGAGCUGGAAAGGUUCUUGAGGCAUCGAGGAUUUUCAGAGAUAUGCAGAUGGAUGUGGAAUUGGGGCUUCCUAGACCCAAUGUUGUAACUUAUAAUUUGAUGCUUAAGGGGUUCUGUAAGCAUGGGAUGAUCGAGGGUGCAAGGGGUUUGGUUGACACCAUGAAGAAAGCUGGGAAUUUUGUCUCUCUGGAAAGUUAUAACAUAUGGUUGUUGGGUUUGCUCAGGAAUGGGGAGCUAUUGGAGGCUCGGUUAGUACUUGAUGAAAUGGCGGCAAAAGGCAUUGAACCGAAUGCUUACACAUAUAACAUUAUGGUGGAUGGGUUAUGCAGAAACCAUAUGCUGUCAGAUGCAAGAGGGCUGAUGGAUGUGAUGAUGAGCAAUGGGGUUUACCCGGAUACAGUUACUUAUAGUACACUCCUGCAUGGAUACUGCAGUAAAGGGAAGGUUUUUGAAGCUAAACGUGUUCUUCAUGAAAUGAUAAAGAAUGGCUGUCAGCCGAAUACUUAUACCUGCAACACGUUGCUGCAUAGCCUGUGGAAAAAGGGCAGAACGCAAGAGGCAGAGGAAAUGCUGCAAAAGAUGAAUGAAAAAUCCUAUCAACCGGAUACUGUAACCUGCAAUAUUGUGGUCAAUGGUCUCUCUAGAAAUGGAGAAUUGGAAAAGGCAAUGGAAAUUGUAAGUGAGAUGUGGACUAAUGGACCAACAUCCCUUGAUAAAGGAAACACAUUUGCCACUCUAAUUAAUUCAAUCACUAAUGUAUCAAACUGCUUGCCUGAUGGAAUCACAUACACAACUUUAAUUAAUGGACUUUGCAAAGCUGGGAGGCUAGAGGAAGCCAAAAAAAAGUUUAUUGAAAUGUUGGCAAAAAACUUGCACCCUGAUUCUGUAACUUAUGAUACAUUCAUAUGGAGUUUCUGUAAACAAGGGAAGAUAUCAUCGGCUUUUCGUGUCUUGAAGGAUAUGGAGAGAAAUGGUUGUAGCAAGACUCUUCAAACUUAUAAUGCCUUGAUCCUGGGUUUAGGAAGUAAAAAGCAAAUAUUUGAAAUAUAUGGAUUGAUGGAUGAGAUGAAAGAAAAAGGGAUAAGUCCAGAUAUUUUCACUUAUAAUAAUAUAAUCAGUUGCCUUUGCGAAGGAGGAAAAGCAAAUGAUGCCAUUUCGCUUUUACAUGAAAUGUUGGAUAAGGGCAUAUCUCCUAAUAUAUCUUCAUUCAAAAUAUUGAUUAAAGCCCUCUGCAAGUGUAGUGAUUUUAAAGUAGCUUGUGAACUAUUUGAGGUAGCUUUGAGUAUAUGCGGCCACAAAGAAGCCCUGUACAGUUUGUUGUUCAAUGAAUUACUAGCUGGAGGACAACUCUCUGAUGCAAAGGAGCUAUUUGAAGCUUCGUUAGAUAGAUAUCUCACAUUGAAGAAUUUCAUGUAUAAAGAUUUGAUUGAAAGACUUUGCCAGGAUGAAAGGUUAGCAGAUGCUAGUAGCCUUCUUCAUAAACUGAUUGAUAAGGGAUAUGGAUUCGAUCAUGCAUCAUUCAUGCCAGUGAUUGAUGGCUUAAGUAAAAGAGGAAACAAACAGAAAGCGGAUGAACUAGCAAAGAGGAUGAUGGAAUUGGCAUUAGAAGAUAGACCUGUCGAUAGGACUUAUCAAAACAAAAACAGAGUCAUUCCUGGAAAACUACAUAACGAUGGAGGAAGUGACUGGAAGGAUAUAGUUAACAGGGAUGGCGGCACUGGAAUUGCACUGAAAACUCUUAAGCGUGUGCAGAAAGGCUGGGGUCAAGGAAGUAUAUCUAGUUUGCAGUCUCAGCCAAAUGAUUUUCUUGAUUACUAUGAUGGCAGUGGUUAAUUAUUUGUUUCUGUUGGGGAACUUUCAACCCUUCCCUAAGUUUGAUUCUCGAAGGUGGAACAAGAGGAGCAGCAGAUCAUAGAACGUAAAGGUUUGGGGUUGGAAAUAUUGAAGACCUCUCUGUAAGCAAAGGUUUUCAAUCAAAUAUGUAUUCCUUUCAAUGCCAAGUAUACACACCACAGAAAGUAAUUCAAAACUCAUUUUACGAGUUGUACAAACAUUGGUGUAUACUUUUUCCCUUUGUAUAUAUGUGGAAUAUAUAUUGAUUUAAUGGAAAGUGAACAGAAAGGCCGUCAGAUAAUUGGUCUGAAGGAGUAGUUGAACAUCUCUUUAGCAAGCCUCUUAGGCUUUCUUCUUUUCGCAUCUUGAUGCUUGGGAAUCUCCUGACCUUUAAAAGGACAGCAGGUUGGAUUACAUUUGAGGAUUGGGAUAAUUCCUUGUUCCUGGAUGCCAAGGGAAGGCAGAUGUUUACCUAUGAUGCAGAAUGUUCAGAAUCUGAAAGAAUUUUCUAGGCAAUUGGUCAGGGUUUGAUGUGGCUAAAAUGCUUUUCUGCUGGUGAAUGAAUAUCCAGUUAAGGAUAUUCUCAAGUCUCUUAUCUUCAAACAGAUUGUGCACGUGCCUCAACUUACGCAUAUGAACACCUCAAUGGCUAUCAAGGAAGCAAUUGUGUUCCUUAAUGUAGGAAAUGGAGAUACAAUAUAGGGACAAACAGUGAUGGAUCAACAACAUGUAUAUAUCCUUUGGGACUCAAAAAAGUGGCUUGAUUCCCCAUCAAAAACAGAAGUCCUAUAGGUUGAUGAUUCUAAUAUGGAGAGAUCAUAGCAGGACCAUCAUGUAUACAAGUUUUAUAUUGUUUUCUUGUGUCGAACCUGUUGCAUUUGCAUUUGCAUUUUAUUUUAUUUUUCAUAUAACUU